AUGUUUCGAGUCGACGCAGCCAUGGGUGCUCUGCUUCGCCUCGUUUUCGUCCUCGCCCUGGCCUUCGCAUGCCUGUCCUCACUCGACGCGGCGGCCCGUCCAAUUACCACCGAAAGUGCCGCCGAGAAUGACGCGACGCGUUUCAAUCGCCGCGCUCUGCAAGAGUACGAGCCUGAGGCGGUUUUUUCUGCAAAUUUGGUGAACAUGGGCGGCGAUGCGAGCAGCGGCGGCGAGGAGGAGAGCAUGAUGGGGGCUGAGCGGGGGAGGGAGCUGUUUAGCUUCAAUCAGUUCAAGGACAAGCUUACGAACGCCAAGAACAGCGUCGUGAGUGGUGUCAAGAACACGGUUGAUGCCGCGAAAAACAAGGUGGAGGCUGCCAAGGACAGCGUCGUGAGUGGUGUCAAGAGCACGGUCGAUAAGGUAGAGGCCGCCAAGGACAGCGCCGUGAGUGGUGUCAAGAACACGGUCGAAGCCGCCAAAAACAAGGUAGAGGCCGCCAAGGACAGCGUCGUGAGUGGUGUCAAGAACACGGUUGAUGCCGCCAAAAACACGGUAGAGGCCGCCAAGGACAGCGUCGUGAGUGGUGUCAAGAGCACGGUCGAUAAGGUAGAGGCCGCCAAGGACAGCGCCGUGAGUGGUGUCAAGAGCACGGUCGAAGCCGCCAAAAACAAGGUAGAGGCCGCCAAGGACAGCGUCGUGAGUGGUGUCAAAAGCACGGUCGAAGCCACCAAAAACACGGUAGAGGCCGCAAAAGACAGCGUCGUGAGUGGUGUCAAGAGCAUGGUUGAUAAGGUAGAGGCCGCCAAGGACAGCGCCGUGAGUGGUGUCAAGAGCACGGUCGAAGCCGCCAAAAACAAGGUAGAGGCCGCAAAAGACAGCGUCGUGAGUGGUGUAACAAACACGGUCGAAGCUGCAAAGAACAAGGUAGAGGCCGCAAAAGACAGUGUCGUGAGUGGUGUCAAGAGCACGGUUGAUAAGGUAGAGGCCGCCAAGGACAGCGCCGUGAGUGGUGUCAAGAACACGGUCGAAGCCGCCAAAAACAAGGUAGAGGCCGCAAAAGACAGCGUCGUGAGUGGUGUAACAAACACGGUCGAAGCUGCAAAGAACAAGGUAGAGGCCGCAAAAGACAGUGUUGUGAGUGGUGUCAAGAGCACGGUUGAUAAGGUAGAGGCCGCCAAGGACAGCGCCGUGAGUGGUGUCAAGAACACGGUCGAAGCCGCCAGAAACAGCGUCGUGAGGAUCGCAAGCGAUAAUGAUCUGAAGAACAAGGCCAUGAGCAUGGCACGCACGGCAGAGGAGGUCGCCAGGGAGGCGGUGCAGGAGACAGGCCAGCAAGCGCUUAGGAAUGCGGCUGCGGGGUUUGCCGUGGGCGGAGUGGCAGGGGCAGCGGCAGCAGGUGGCAGCACUAUUCUGAUGGGUGCAAAUGAUGCGGCAUGGCGGCGGAUCAACAGUAAGGGUGGAAGCACCGGCGGGAGCAUGGAGCAGCCUCAGUAUGCAGCCGAGCAGCCUCAGUAG